AAUUAGUUUUCAUUCCAUAAGGUAAGCAAUAUAAAUGCUAAGGAAAGCUGAGGAAUGUUCAAUCACUCGCCUAAAACAAUAAUAGAUCGUAUAAGCUUAGCUUAGAAAUGCAACAAUCUUCUUAUAUUUCCUUCAUUAAAAUGGCGAGUAUUCGUAUCAACUACACUGUUAUGUCAAUGAUGUUCUUAGCUAUUCUUAUACUAAGUGUAUCAGUUCCAGCAUUCAUCGAUGCAAUUGAAACAUCCGAAGAAGAAAAAUGUCAAGGUGAAGGCAAUAUAUGUGUUUCUAAAGGUGUAUAUGCUUGUUGUGAAGGACUAGUCUGCUCAGCUUCCAAUAUUGUUAUUGGUGUUUGUAAAAAACCUCUACCGGAUCUACUAAUAGAUUAUGCAAAUUGAGACUCCUUAUAAUCAUCGAAAUUCAUGAAUACAUACAAGCAACUCUACUAAGUAUCUAGAAGAGUUUCUUGUAUAAUAUACCACUAUUUGUUUCUAGCUUGCACUGUGAUGUUUCUCAUAAAUGUUCUUUUUAAUCAGUAUUAUUAUUCAUAAUAUUAUUAUUCAUAAUAUCAUAAUUAUUGUUAGAUAAUCAACUCAAUCAAAAGCUUAAACAGAUGGUUGAGAUUAAAGAAUAUGUUUUAUACUCUAUAUCAACAAUGUUCAUUUUGUUGC